AAACAGGGGAUAUAUUCGCACGUGCUAUUAUUUUCGGCAUUUUGUUCGGCUCGGUAGUGAGUUGUGUUGAUAAGCUUUGUAGUGAUAAGCCACGGUAGCUGCCAGAGGUUUCUUCUUCAACAAUUCGCGGGCAUAUACUCAGUCGUUCGCUUCGUCUUUGCAAAAUCAGUUUGUUUCUAAAAUGGCUCUACGCUGGGGAAUUGCUAGUGCCGGUAAAAUCAGCCAUGACUUCUUAACGGGCUUAGGGACUCUGUCUGCAGAAGAUCACAAGGUUGUUGCGGUGGGCGCGAGAGACCUUGGCCGAGCAAAGGAUUUCGCCAAAUUACAUGAAAUUCGUAAGGCGUACGGGUCAUACGAUGAGCUGGCAAAGGAUCCAGAAGUAGAAAUCGUCUACAUUGGAGCUCUCAAUCCUCAACAUUACGAAAUUGGAAUGCUCAUGCUCAACAAUGGGAAGCAUGUCCUUUGCGAGAAACCGCUUUGCAUGAACGAGAAGCAAGCCAAGAAGCUUCUGGAUUUCGCGGAGCAGAAGAAACUAUUCCUCAUGGAGGCUGUUUGGUCCCGAUACUUUCCCAGUUACCAGUACGUUCGGAAGCAGAUUGAAAACGGCGUCCUGGGCGAAAUAAAAGAAGUUCGCGUCCCAUUUGGGUUUGACUUGACGAAUGUUGACAGACUGACUAAAAAAACAAUGGGAGGUGGCACAGUUCUCGAUUUAGGAGUUUAUACAAUUCAAGUCAGCCAAUGGGCCUUCCGCGAACCUCCAAAAAGCAUUAAAGCUACAGGUGAACUGAACGAGGAGGGCUGUGAUUUGGCGAUGAAGGCAGAACUAACCUACCCAAACGGUGGCAAGUCAUUUAUAGAAACAAGUGCCAAAAGUGUCUUAGAUAAUACAGCGACAAUCAUUGGAACAAAGGGUCAAAUUACAAUAAAGCAAUUUUGGUGCUCGGAAACAAUUAUCGACGUUGAUGGAAAGGAAAAAACCUGGGCUCUGCCGAAGGGAAAACAUAAAACGAAUUUCAUCAAUUCGGAAGGACUUCGAUAUGAGGCGGAGGAAGUACGCAAAUGCAUUCGAGAUGGUCGGACUGAAAGCGAAUCAAUGAGUCAUAAUGAAAGUUUGGUUAUUGCUCGUAUCCAGGAUGAAAUUCGCAAACAAAUUGGAGUAGUCUUUGAAGAAGACAAAUUGUAGGAUUUUCGGAAACAUUUGAAUUUAUUUUGAAUUUCUAAAAUUUUAGUUAUUUGUUAUAUGCUCAAUAAUAUAUAUGCGAAUGGUUUGGAGCAUACUUAUAGAAUAAAGUCCAGUUUUCACAAAUU